AGAAGAAGAGCAAAUAGUCAAAACACACUCACCACGUAAAGAAAGGAAAUGAGCAAACGGAUGAUGAGUUCAUAUCGUAGCACGAAUACAUACACACACAAACACCGACACACACACACACAGAAAGAUACAAGUGACUCUGAUCAGAUCGUCUUCUCUUCAGUGACACCGUCGGUGUUCCGGGAACAUUAACCUCAUCCACACCUCAGUCCACUGUUAGGAAAAAAACACUUGUUUUUCCUUUUUUUUUGUUUCCACGUCAGAGUCAGUUCACAAAUAUCUACUGAAAUCACCGUGUGGGAAUGAGAUGAGCUGAGGACGGCGGUGACGAUCCUGACUCUGUGAUCAAGUGAUGAGCGCUGCUGCAGAGCUGUAGCUGCAAAUUGGAGGCAUCAUGGAGGACGACAACAGGCCUCUGCUGAGCUCAGAACAAACUGAGAGCCAGUCACACAGAGGCUCCACAGACUCUCUGGAUGUCAAGGCUAAAAGACCUUUCCACGUGGAGCCCAGGAACAUCAUAGGCGAUGACCCGCAGGAGAGAGUUUCUGCUGAGGCGGCCAUCCUCAACAGCAGGGUCCAUUACUACGGUCGACUGACCGGCUCCUCUGACCGACUGCUGAGUCCACCGAACCAUGUGAUCCCCAGGCCAGAGGAGAUCUAUGUCUACAGCCCCCUGGGAAUGGCCUUCAAGGUCAAAGGAAGUGACGACACAUCCAAGAACCCCAGCAUUGUCACCAUAUUUGCCAUAUGGAACACGAUGAUGGGCACGUCAAUCCUCAGCAUACCCUGGGGGAUAAAGCAGGCCGGGUUUACUCUGGGCAUCCUCAUCAUCGUCUUCCUCGGUCUCCUGAUGCUCUACUGUUGCUACGUCGUCCUCAAGUCACCAAAGGCCAUACCCUACGUGGACACGUCUGACUGGGAAUUCCCGGAUGUCUGUCGGUACUACUUCGGGAAGUUCGGUCAGUGGUCCAGUCUGGUUUUCUCCAUGGUGUCCCUCAUAGGAGCCAUGGUUGUUUACUGGGUCCUGAUGUCCAACUUCCUGUACAACACAGGGCAGUUUAUCUACAACUACGCCCACAAUGUCAAUACCUCGGACUUGGAGUAUGGAACCAAUGGUUCAGAAAAAGUCAUUUGUCCAUAUCCUAAUAUUGAACCUGGAGGAAACGGCAGUAUCACCAUGAGCCCUUUGUUUAUCAGCAGUGUUGGAAAUGAAACCCUUGACUCCACGUCCUUUGGACACUGGUGGAGUAAAACCAACACCAUCCCACUGUACCUCAUCGUCCUCCUGCUGCCGCUGCUCUGCUUCCGCUCGGCCUCCUUCUUUGCACGCUUCACCUUCCUGGGAACCAUAUCAGUCAUAUACCUCAUCGUUCUGGUCACCAUCAAAUCCGUUCGCCUCGGUUUCCACCUGGAGUUCCACUGGUUUGACACCAGCACGUUCUUUGUUCCAGAGUUAAGGCUGCUCUUCCCUCAGCUCACUGGCGUCCUCACUCUGGCCUUUUUCAUCCACAACUGCAUCAUCACGUUAAUGAAGAGUAACAAGAACCAGGAGAACAAUGUGAGGGACCUCUCCGUAGCCUAUCUUCUGGUCGGGCUGACAUACCUGUACGUCGGAGUUCUCAUCUUUGCCUCCUUCCCGUCACCUCCUCUUUUGAAAGAUUGCAUUGAACCGAACUUUCUAGACAACUACCCCAGCAAUGACGUGAUGGUGUUCGUGGCUCGCACCUUCCUGCUCUUCCAGAUGAUCACCGUCUACCCUCUGCUGGGCUACUUGGUGCGAGUCCAAAUCAUGGGUCAGGUCUUUGGUAACAAUUACCCCAGUUUCUUCCAUAUUCUGGCUCUGAACAUCGUGAUUGUGGGAGCUGGGGUCCUGAUGGCCAAAUUCUACCCUAAUAUUGGAUCGAUCAUACGGUUCUCUGGUGCUACAUGCGGCCUGGCUCUGGUGUUCAUCUUUCCAGCUCUGGUGCACAUGAUCUCCAAGAAGCGACAGGGGACACUCAGCUGGCCGUCGGCUGUCUUCCACAGCUUCCUCAUCCUGCUGGGAUUGGCCAACCUGGUGGCUCAGUUUUUCGUGUAGAGAAGGAACCAAUCAGAGUUCACAUGAACUGACGUGAAGUGAGAUAAAAUGAACUUAUGGGAGGUUUCUUUUUUCUUUUUAAGACCAGACAGAGAGCUCACUGUUGUAUUAGCGGUGACCCCCAGUGGCCCGUAGCCAAUCUGUCUGUGGUUGUGAUGUCAGAGUAAAUGUUUGUGUUUCAGGGAAUUAACAGGACACUAUUGUCUCCUAGUGAUAACAUUAUCUUUUAUUUAUCAGUCUACUGGUAUGUCUAUGGUAUCAUCUUAUCCCUGUGUGUGUGAGUGUGCGCGUGUGUGUGUUUUUAAACUGUUAUAUUAAAGGUUAGCUUUAAAUUGAGGGAUUUUACUUGUUCUUAUGUGGAUCAUAUAAAGGUUGGAUUUAUCAGUGCUCUUCUUUGCUGCUAUUUUAGUGAUAUUUCUAUUUCUUUUUGUGUAAACAUUCUGCUUAUCUUAUCUUCUUUUGUUAAUGCUAGAAUAAUAAUCCACUCUGGUCUGUUAUUCUUGUAUCUUAAUGAAUCCGUUUGGUUAGUGUGCACAGUCAUGGAUGCCAUGAACAUGAAUAAAUACAGUAUGGUCCUGCCUUAGUGGCCAACGCUGAGUUAUGACAUUAUGGUACACACACACUCACAGACUGUACUGGAACUGAUGAUUUGUGUUUUAACUUUCAGAGGUUUCUGUAAAAUAAAGGCUUUGAAAAACUAU